CUUGUGAUGACUUUCUCGUCCAGGUCUUUUGAUCAAGGCAUCGCACUCCUAUGUUCCUGAAACCACCCCGCCUCGGCGUCUUCAGAAGGUCUUCUGUCUCUCAUUCUGUUUCACCGACGAGAUGAUGACGUCGCGAGCACAAGGUCGUACAUCGACGAAAGGGUAUAAAGCCACGAACAUCGAAAGGUGAUCCUACUCCCCUUCAUUCAGCGAGACAUCAAACAGCAAUACACAGCAAUCGACCCAGCCUAUCGAGCUCAUACAUACCGUUUUUUUUUCAGGUUCCAAAAUGAAGUCCUUCUACUUUGCCACUCUCGCUGCCGCCAUGGCCCUCGCCGCCAACGGUGCCGCAAUCGUGCUUCCGCGUGCUGGACCAAAGGUGCCGGGAAACGUACACAUCAGCCUUUCCACGACUUCGGGCGAGGUCCCCGGCACUUCUGGCGGUAACCAGCCCGUGGGAGACCAGACCGACUUUGCUGUGGUCCUCCCGGACGGAAAGAAGCUCACAGCACAGGAUGCUCAAUGCCACGACACGCCCUUUGGAAAUGGGCCUGCUGGCUCGACAUGCACCUUCAACGACCCCCAGCUCAAGGUGCCUCUCGAUGUCUUCUACAUCGUCACGGACGCCAAGAUCGGACAAGAGACAAUGAAGAUUGACUAUAAUGGCAAGCAUAUCGAGUCAACCCUCGGUGGAGGUGGACAGAAGGACAAGCUCGCAGACGAGUGCACCAAGGACAAGAACAAUGCCCCCUUCAAGGCCAAUACCGUUAUGACUUGCGAUGUCCAGACUCCUUGAUGAUCAUAAUGCCGGUACCUGUACCGAUGCCAUGCCAUAGUAGUGAACCAUCCAACCAUGCACGCUUGCAAUGCCAAUCCCUAGAC